GGGCCUUCCUGCGCUACAUGCGGCAGCCAAUCAAGCAGGAGCUCAUCUGCAAGUGGAUCGACCCGGCCCUGCAGCCCCCGCAGCCCCCGCAGCCCCCGCAACCGCUGCCCGAAGCGGCGAAGCCCUGCUCCAAGACCUUCAGCACCAUGCACGAGCUGGUCACCCACGUCACCGUGGAGCACGUCGGGGGGCCCGAGCAGAGCAGCCACGUCUGCUUCUGGGAGGACUGCCCGCGCCAGGGCAAGCCCUUCAAGGCCAAGUACAAGCUCAUCAACCACAUCCGCGUCCACACCGGGGAGAAGCCCUUCCCCUGCCCCUUCCCCGGCUGCGGGAAGGUCUUCGCCCGCUCCGAGAACCUCAAGAUCCACAAGCGCACGCACACAGGGGAAAAGCCUUUCAAAUGCGAGUUCGAUGGAUGCGACAGGAAGUUUGCCAACAGCAGCGACCGCAAGAAACACUCUCACGUCCAUACCAGCGACAAGCCCUACUACUGCAAGAUCCGAGGUUGUGAUAAAUCCUACACACACCCCAGCUCUUUGAGAAAGCACAUGAAGAUCCACUGCAAAUCUCCCCCGCCUUCUCCGGGGGCUCUCGGUUAUCCCUUGGCGGGGACAACGCUGGGAUGCUCCCUGUCCCCUGUCCCGGACCCAGCCAGGAGUCGCUCAGCCACUCUCUCACCCCCGGUCACCAACCUCAACGAGUGGUACGUCUGUCAAGCCAGCGGAACCCCAAACCACCUCCACACGCCUUCCAGCAACGGAACCACGUCGGAGUCGGAAGACGAAGAGAUUUAUGGGAACUGCGAUGACGCAAGAACUAUACAUUAGAAACCCAUCAUUUGAGAGAGCUUUCAGGACGGAAGCCCUGGGGCCAUCUCCUGAAAUGUAAUGGUGCCGAGCUUGAACCAAGCUUAUGGCCCAAACGUGCCGUCGGGUUGAACUAACCCUAUUUAUUCAAUAUGAAACCCUAUGGUGUUUUUGCGCUUAAUUUAACUGACAUUCUUGAAACUUUUUUUAAAAAAAAAACAUGCAACAAAAACCCCCCAAAAAACAACAAAAAACAAAACAAAAAAAGCAAAAAAAAUCAAGUCAAAUCAAGCCAAACAAACCAAGCUGGACUAUCUCGGUGAACUGAAUUGUAUGUUUUGAGGGGCAAGGGGUAGGUGUGAAGAUGCCAAGGGAAAACAAUGGACAGAGAAAUUCAUCAUCACUGCCAAUGCAAUAUUUCUCACAAGGGAGAGGAAGAGCGUUGAGUAAGGAAGAGACGGAGCCGAGCGGGCUGCCUGCGUUUCUUGGAGUGCCUCCUGAAUAUUUUUGAUACCAUUCGAUAGGCUGGUUUACAGCCUGGUUAGGCCUAUUUUCUGCAAUGGCCUCUUGAUUGUAAACUCCCCUGCUGCCUUGCCAACGGUUCUCGGACUGGAUGCGUGCCCAAAAUAUUUGUAAAAUCUUUAUCUCUUUCCAUUCUGAUAUUUUGUAAACUUUGAUUUUUACUCUUGAGUCCUUGGUCUCACCAAGACACGGUAUUUUUUUUUAUACAGGAUUGUUUUUUCUUGCUCUCCUAAUUGAAUAUGGUAUGAUUUUUUUUUUUAAAGAUGCAGCUUUCUUGAUCAUUCUCCAAAUUUUGUACUGUUGGGAGCCUGCAGACAGUUCAGAGAGAAAGCAAGCUGCUGUUAUUAGACAACUGUGAUACUGUGAUUUAUAAACUACCAAGAAAUUCAAGUGCUUUCUUUUCCCUUUUGCAAAAUCCUUAAAAAAAAAAAAACCAACAACAACCCUGAAAGCUCAGAUGCUGCCUCUUUGCUGUAUCCAAACCACUUGCAUCAUGAUGGGUUGUUAGGUCCGAAGUUCCUGGUCUGCCCUGAUUAAUUAGAGUGGGGCCUGAGGAGUUGUGAUGCUAGUGUGUGAUGUAUACUUUUUAUACUUUUGUGUACCAACCUUUUAAAAAUGCUUUAUUUUUCCAAUAA